UGUUUUCCCGUAGUUUGUAAAAGGCUGUUUGUUUACCUUGCGACCUCAAGUGAAAAUGAAAAUUGUCGUUAAAUACUUUGUGAUGGGCGAGAGAAGACGUGUAAUGGAAUUCGUACAAUCACUAUAGUAGUAUGUUUGUUAACUUGCUUACCGCCGCUGAUGAUGUACCUAGUUGUGAAGAGACAAGUAGUGUGUUAGCUGUGUAGCUGCUCCGGAUUAUUGCGUGUGAAGUUGGGACCUUCACACUGCAGCAAUGGAUUACAGAAACAUUAUUUGGAUAAAAACAGAGCCAACAGAUGAGAUUUCGACUGUGCCAGACUCCACUGUCCAGGUUUGCCCAUCCACUGUGAACGUGAAAGAAGAAUUGCAAGAGUGUGUGAAUCAAGAGUUUCCUGAACAUCCGUUGGUAACGCUGGAGUCCACUAAUUGUUCCAAGGAGGAAACACAAAAAAAAUUGGGACCAGAAGAAACUGAGAACAUUGUAAGCAAUAAUGUCUGUGAGGUAUUGCAUGUGGAACAAAAAAUUCCUUGGCUAAUUGCAGAAUGUAAAGGAUGUGUUACAAAGAAAUAAGUUUUCUGGAACUAA